GUCAUCGUAUAAUUCGUAAUAUCGCGUAGUGGAGUGUCACAAAGUUUAAAGAAAAGCUUUGAAGGAGCAGCAGAAGCGUAAUAAUCGGCGUAUAUGCCACAGUGUCACGGCUGAGUGUGAUAUACAUAUCUCUCCUCUGUCUGUUUACUGGGGAGGAUGGACAGGCGGUCGAUGGAUGGACAUGUUGACCCUGCGGUCGAAACUCCAGACAGUCCCACAGGGGCUCAUGUUGAGUGGUGUAAACAGCUGAUUGCAGCCACAAUCUCAAGUCAGAUCUCUGGACCCAUCAGCUCAGACAUGAUCUCCAGAGAGUACAAGGACUGUGAUGAUGUGGAGGUAAAAGGAUUUCUCAUGGACAGUGACCUUCAGCAGACUGCCCCCUCUUCGACACUAAGAGAAGGAAAUAAGCAAGCUCAGAUGGAGGAGGCUCCUUGUGUACCUGGAGAAACGAUCAAAACUAUUGUCAAAGAUGUGAUGUAUAUCUGUCCAUUCUCUGGGGUUGUGCGGGGGACUCUAACCAUCACUGACUACAAGCUGUACUUCAAGAGUUUUGCUCAGGAUCCUCCAUUUGUGUUGGAUGUGAAUCUGGGAGCAGUGAGCCGACUGGAGUCCAUCGCUGUUCAGUGUCAUGGAGAAAACACUCAAGGACUGGAGAUAGUUUGCAAGGACUUGAGAAACCCCCGGUUUGCCUACAAAAAAGAAGGACAAAGCAGUUUGGAGGUGUUUGAAAUACUGUCAAAGUUUGCUUUCCCUCUCUCCCACAACCUGCCACUCUUCGCAUUUAAGUACCGAGAGAGGUUUCCAGAAGAUGGCUGGAAGAUCUACGACCCAGUUGCUGAAUACAAGAGACAGGGUCUGCCAAAUGAGAGUUGGAUCAUCAGUAAAGUCAACAGCAGUUAUGAAGUGUGUGAGACAUAUCCAGCCUUGCUCGUCCUGCCUUCAAACGUCACAGAGGACGAACUGAAGAGAGUUGUGGCCUUCAGGGCCAAACGCCGUUUUCCGGUGCUGUCUUGGAUUCAUCCAGAGAGUCAGGCAGCUAUAGUGCGCUGUGGUCAGCCUCAGGUGGGUCCAUCAGACCGGCGCUGCAGGGAGGAUGAACGCUACCUGCAGACUAUACUCGACGCCAACGCCCAGUCUCACAAACUCUGUAUCUUUGACGCUCGCCAAAGCACUGUGGCUGACACCAACAAAGCCAAAGAUGGAGGAUACGAGAAUGAGAGUUUCUACAUCAACGUGGAGCUGAAUUUUCUGGAGAUACCCAACAUUCAUGUGAUGAGAGAAUCGUUGAGGAAACUCAAAGAGGUGGUGUGUCCUGCCAUUGACCAACAACACUGGUUCUCAUCUGUGGAUUCUACGCACUGGCUGGAGUACAUCAAGCUCUUGCUAGCAGGUGCAGUGCGAAUCGCAGAUCGCAUUGAGUCAGGUAAGACGUCAGUGGUGGUGCACUGUAGUGAUGGCUGGGACCGCACAGCUCAGCUCACAUCUCUGGCCAUGUUGAUGCUUGACGGCUACUACCGCUCACUCAGGGGCUUCCAGGUGCUGCUAGAGAAGGAGUGGCUGAGCUUCGGACACCGCUUUGCCUCGCGUGUGGGACAUGGAGAUGGGAAUCAUGCAAACUCUGAGCGCUCUCCUCUCCUUGUGCAGUUCAUAGACUGUGUCUGGCAAAUGACCCGACAGUUUCCGUCUGCGUUUGAAUUUAAUGAGGUGUUUCUCAUCACUGUUCUUGAUCACCUGUACAGCUGCCUGUUUGGAACAUUUCUCUUUAACAGUGAGCUGGAGCGAGUGUCGAAGGAGGUGUACAGUAAGACUGUGUCUCUGUGGUCAUAUGUGAACAGUCAGGUGGAGGAAUUUAUCAACCCGCUGUACGUGAACUAUGAGCAUCAUGUUUUGUAUCCAGUGGCCAGUCUGAGACAUCUAGAGCUCUGGGUCAGUUAUUACAUGCGCUGGAACCCUCGCAUGCGGCCACAGGUUCCUGUUCAUCGGAGUCUGAAGGAGUUGUUGGUUUUGAGGUCUGAGCUGCAGAAGAGGGUGGAGGAGCUCAAACGAGAUGCAGCUUCAUCCCGUUCUCUUUCCUCUUCAUCAGAGCAUGAGGGUAUGCCAAUGCAGACCACUGUCUGAGCAUUGGCAAAUACUGGAUUUAUAAAUGACCAUACAUCCAGCAUUUGUUCCCAAUCUCAUCAGAGACGGAUAAGGCCAAAAAGAUCAAAAAUAAUUAUAAUAAUAAUAAAGAGUGUGUGCAUGCGCAAAUGCAACCUUAAUGUGGUCAUUGGUGCCCCCUAAAGGCCACAAAACCAAGCAGUCUAAAUCGCACAACACUACAGUUUAAUAAAACAUAAUUUAAAUGAAUAUAAUUAUUGGAAAAGUUACACAUGAGAUUUUUAAUGACCACAGAGAGUCAGGACCUUGGUUUAAUGUCUCAUCUGAAAGAUGUACAGUAUAUUUACUGUAUACUGUAUAUGUAUAUAUGUUUCCUAAUAUUUUAUUCUUAGCCUAAUUAAUACAUAUAAUCACAAAUAUGAGUUGAUGCUGAUUUAAAUGUAUAGGUAACAGCCUUACUGAAAUAUUUAGGAAUAGAUUUUAAUAAAUGAAUUAAGUUCAAGGAUUUUAUGUUAAAAAUUGCCCUAAAAAUCAGAUCACUGGGGGAAAUAUUGCCCCAUAAUAAAAGAGUACAUUUCAGACCCUGGUCUGUGUUCAGAAAUCCAUGCUCAAAUGUAUCAGUUGCUUUGUUUAGUUUUGUAUUGCCUAUACCAUACACAAAUUACUACUCAUUACUAAUGAACAAGUAACAUAAUUCAGAAUGAUCGAUACUGUUUGUGCAUAUUUGCCUUGUUUUGCAUGAGAUUGUGAGCUACACAUUUGUGUUACACAUAAACAACAGCCUUCAAAUAACCAUUUUAAUUUUAAAUACAUAUUAUAUCACAUUAUAUUAGUUAAUGUAAGUUGUCUCAUGCAUACCAAUUAUUUUUACUCUGAAGGUUUUCUUCUUUAAAUGUAUCUAUAAUGCUAAUAUAAAAGUGACUACUACUUUUAGUAUGUAUAUUUAAGGUAUGGUUCACCCAAAAAUGAAAAUUCUCUCAUCAUUUACUCACCCUCAUGCUAUCCCAUAUGUGUAUGACUUUCUUUCUUCUGCUGAACACAAACGAAGAUUUUUUAGAAAAAUAUUUCAGCUCUGUAGGUGCAUACAUUGCAAGUGAAUGGGAACCAAAAAUAACUUUGAAGCUCCAAAAAGCAUGUAAAGGCGGCAUAAAAGUAAUCCAUAUGACUCCAGUGGUUAAAUCAAUCCAUGUCUUCAGAAGCGAUAUAAUAAGUGUGGGUGAGAAACAGAUCAAUAUUUGAGUCCUUUUUACUGUAAAUUCUCUUCCCUGCCCAGUAGGUUGCGAUAUGCACAAAGAAUAUGAAUUGCCAAAACAAAAGAAGAAUGUGAAAGUGAAAGUGGAGAUUGAAAGUAAAAAAGGACUUUAAUAUUGAUCUGUUUCUCACCCACACCUAUCAUAUCUCUUCUGAAGACGUGGAUUAAACCACUGGAGUUAUAUGAAUUACUUUUAUGCUGCCUUUAUGUGCUUUUGAAGCUUCAAGUUUUUUGGUCACCAUUCACUUGCAUUAUACGUACCAACAGAGCUUAAAUAUUCUUAUAAAUAUCUUCAUUUGUGUUCUGCAGAAGAAAAAGUCAUACACAUCUGGGAUGGCAUGAGGGUGAGUAAAUGAUGAGAGAAUUUUCAUUUUGGGGUGAACUAUCCCUUUAAAAGAUGUUCACGUGCAUCAGAUGUAAGUUUUUAUUUGUUAAUAACAAUUGUCAUAACUAAACUUUCUCAUGUUUACAAGCAUAAUGCUAGAACUUAGAUUUGUAAUAGUUUUGAGUAUUAUUAAUUUAUGUUAAACAAUGAGUUUUGUGAUUGGAAGAAUAACAAAUAUCCUUCAAAAACUGCUAUUAUACUGUAUCUGCUGCAUUUGGUUACAGUCCAGAUUUAUUUUUUUAUUUUUUUUUAUCUAAUUUCUCCACAGAGAUGCUUUAAAUUGCAAAAAAUAACAAAUUUAAAAAUUUAAAAAAAGCUGUUUAUUUUCCAAAAGAUGGGUUCAAAGUACAUGUAAAUGUAAUUUGAGCCAUGUGUUUAUAACAAAUAAAAAGCUGUUAUUCUUA